AUGGCCAUGGAGGGCAUGAGCGAAGCACAAUUCAACCAAACUCUGCAGCAAAUCAACGACAACAUCAACGAUGAUGACAAGGAACUGUUUGUUGCCAUUGUCGCUCUCGUCAUCUCCAUCGUCGCCUUACUUGCCUCCCUCCUACAAGUCGCCCAACAAUACUUCGCCUCCGCCGCUGGCUAUUCAAGCUGUGGCAGCAAGGUGAUAGGCAAAUGGUCCGAAUCCAAGCAGCGUAAGAUCAAGUUCACCGAGUUCCGAUUCGAGGUUCUCUUCGAAGCUCCCGUCAUUUUCCUGUGCCCUCCCACCAACAAGAAGGGCCCCGUCAAGGACCAGCCCAUCAUAUUCAUCGACGGUUCGGAAAAGAGCUUGCUAGACAGCAGGUCAGAACUCCGAGACCAAACGGACGUUUCCGAUAAGGAGCUCGCCAAGCAGUCAGUCCACACGGCCGACAAUGAGCGGGCUUCGUGGGUGGCGCUGCUCUCCGCCUUGCAAAAAAUGGAACAUGAUUCUAGGGAAUGGCAGAAGGAACAAUACAAGGGCACAGUCUACCAGGAGCCACCAAAAGCACCUGCUCAGCUCGAGAGUCCAGAAGACGUCAAUAAUGUCCUCAAAGCAGUCAGCGACAAGUAUACUCUGACGGUCGCCGUUCAGAAGAAGCGCAGGAGCUGGGACACAAUGCCGACCAACGUCAAGAAGCCUUACGCCACAACGGCGUGGUGCCAUAUGGUAGAAAUGCUGGCUAUGCUUGGCGUUUACUGGGUCGAGUUCAACAGGACCAAUGAUAGAUACCGAGCAGAAGGCAAUGGCUACACUGUCACGGGGGAGAAAGUCAGUGAUCUUGGCAUCAUGUUCACAUUUCAAGUUCAUGGACGCAAUCGAUUCGAGAACAACCGCGUCAUACCCGUGGACGAGACCAAGGAGCUCUGUUUUGGCUUCCUCCCAACCAUUUACCGGGCAACGUCAGACAAUCGACGUCUAAAGUUUCCCAACGAUGAGCCCCGCGACUUGUCGACCUUGAACUUUGCCAGUAACCAUGAAAUCGCCGAAACGCUAGUUUUGAUCGGCUGCAACACCAACACUGUCAACUACUUUUCCACAACGUCGACGGCCAGGGUUGGUCAUUUGUUUCCCGUCGCUUUCGAGAUAGUGGGCAUGUUGGGACGUACGCUUCACAUCGAAAAAAGUGCGUUCCAUUUACUGCCUAACCCGACCCACUAUCGAUGGGACACGAAGAAUUUCUCCUUGACCAGACUGCUGGAUGCGUACACUAUGCAAAUGAACAAGCUGAACUCGGAUCAGCCGAGUCCUAGCCUCGUGGGCCGAGCUAUUAGAAGGAAUAUCCGCAAGAUCAAUGGGCUGAUUAAGAAGCAUACUGCCAUUGGCAAUUGGCCAAGCCUGCCCCUCAUGGACGCUCUGCACGAGGCUCUCGACGACACAGAUGAGAUCCUGACGGCAAGGGCCAAGAUAUCUCGACCGACAAGAAAGUCCUCGGUUUUCGAGGGGAACGCUGAAGGGGCAAAUGAGAGCGCACGACGUGAAAUGGUACAAGAUGUGUUACGCAGUCAUAUCCAGGAGGUCCUCGGGGGCUUUAACGAGAAGUCGGAAAAGCCGGCGCAGACACCUCCUGGCAGCACCUCAACUAUCGAAAACAGAGUAAGAAGUCAGCUUCGAUUCGAAGAUAUCGACGCCGCACCACCGGAACUCAAGCAGGAGAAGCUAAUGGAGGUUUACUUCCGCUUGGUGCGGAGAAAGGUAGUCGAAGUGUCUCGAGAAUCAUCAGACAGGCGCGAACAACCCGCUGUGGGUUUCGGCGGUCUCAGGAAACGAAACCAGACCAACUUCAGUACCCGAACUGUCGAAACGAUAGAUGAUGAAGAACCAAUCAUACUAUAUGAGUUGGGCGAGGAGCACGUCACCCACGAGGAUAUUUGGUGCACGCUUGUUUUCCGCAUGAUUUGUUGGCUCAUGCUACACGAUUUCCACAAGAAAGAUGUCCAAGUAUCGAAGAGCGAGCUUUUGGGUAGCCGAUUACCAGUGUACAUCUCAUAG